ACUCCUCGGUCAGGUGAAGUCACCGGAGUGUGUAUGACGUCGUGACCACACGGCGCCUCGGCGUGUCGGAUAAGAGGCACGGAGACGCUUUAAAAAGCCAAAGCCAGAGCGACGUUCUCACAGCUCUCAUCUCCAUUCCACAGUGAAGUUGGACACCAUGAAGCUCCAGACCUUCAUCUUUUUAGCUGUUCUUCUCAGCUUUUGCUCUGCAGUUCCGAUCCUCCGCCAGCAGCUUGGAAUAAUUGCCAGUAACAGCAAUGAGAUUGUGCGUCUCCCAGGACUCACGCUCUCCGGCGUCGGUUUGGGACAAACACGGGUUCAGGGAACUCCGUUUCUCUCUCCGUUCCUGAUCCAGCCCCAGCCUGAUUUCCUGCUGCCCCCUCAGGUGGUGAAUUUCGGACCUCAGGUUCCGGGACAGUUCCUGCCCCCACAACAGAACCUGCCCCCGUUACUGCUGCCCCCACAACAGAACCUGCCCCCAUUUCUACUGCCCUCCCUUCAGCAGGAGCAGCCCACAGGCCCAAUCAACCCCAACAACCCUCCCCCCAACACCCAGGACCCCGCCCAGGUGGUUCCUCAGUACUUCCCGUUCCCUCAGGCACCAGGAGGACAGGGUUUUCCGUAUUAUAUGAGUUACGGCUUCCCUCCAAGAAACACGCUGCUCAAAGUCCCGCCCAAUCAGAACACAGCAAAUCAAAAUGCGGCCAAUCAGAACCCAGUCGGACCCACUAUAGUCCCUCAGCCUGCGCAGAAUAACGGGAAGGUGUUGGAGCCGUGGCGUAUGACUCCGCCCCCUGAUAACCGUGGAGAUCGUCCUGGGCGUGGCGUAGAGGGGGAUCCUGCGUUCCCGUUUUUCCAGCCGUAGAUCCGCAGAGAAUCGUGUGUCGGAGUGAAAGCACUCAGAGAGCUUAAACAUCAGAACGUCACGCUUCUGUCUGACACCGUCAUGAAUCCAGCCACGUAAUUGUUCAUGUAACUGUUAUAACGACUCUUAUUACUUGACAUCACCUGUAUUAACUGACAAUAAACACUUUAUU